AUGGAUAUAGAUCAUGUAGUAUUGGACAAAGAAGCAAUCAGCCGGUUCGAACAGUACACAUUGGCAAAGCCUUCGCUAAAUGGAGGGAUCCCCUUGGACAGAUGCCAAGACGGCGACUCUAUGGUAUCUAAUAGCAGAAAAAGAGGACAAACAUCACGCCAAAAAGUUGUUUGUUGCUUUUGUCUAAAAACUACUAAGUAUAGAAGAAAACAAUUCAUUAUCGGCUCCCUCACUAACAUAGUAAUUUUCGUCGUACUUUUAGCCUACACAUUUUUGGGAUCGUUCAUUUUCUUGGCGAUAGAGGGCGGUGCCGAAGUCCCAGCCAGACCCAGAUUACUUCCAGAUAGACAGAAAAUUAGCCAUAAAGAUCAGAACAGUACGCACAAAAAGACAGACGACGAAUAUGAUUAUGGGAAUCUAAGUUUGUCAGCGAAUUACUUUUGGGACGCCAGAAGUAGGGCGGUGGAAAAUAUCUGGGAGAUAACAGUGUCGCUAAACAUUUUGUAUAGAGAGAAUUGGACACGGUUGGCUGCACAGGAGAUUUUGAAAUUUCAAAACGAGCUUGUACAAAGGGUUACAACCGAAAUGGCGUCGCAGUAUGGCGUAAGUUACAGAGAGAUGGCACUUGGUGAAUUCGGGAGUGACCUGGCGAACCAUUAUGAAGAGCACGAAUGGAAUUUGGCGCUUGCCUUUUUCUACUCUCUCACUGUUUUAACAACUAUAGGUUACGGCAACAUCGCACCGCGGACAAUCCUUGGCAAAGGCGUGACGAUCGUGUAUGCUUUGAUAGGCAUACCUCUAACCCUCGUCUACCUAUCGAGCGUCGGGUCUCUCCUCUCCAAAAUGGCACGAAGCGUCUUCAGCAGAGCCCUCUGCUGCUGCCUUUGUUCAAAUUGCGGCUACUGCUGCUACGACGAAAGAAGAAUGGCCGAAAAAGAACGCAGAAUGAAGCUCAAAAGACAACAAGAAGAAAUGAUAAACAGCCAGAACACAAGCAAAACGCCCACAGAAGAAUGCUACGUACUAAAACCAGAUAGCACAAAAGACCUGAGUCUUUCCGAAAGACCAACCACAAGUACAGCCAAAGAUGACAUCAUUAGCUGGCCAGAUACAGACUCAAAGCUAUCCAUGCACGGCUUGAGCAUUCUAGCCCCUGUUCUCUUAUGUUUAGCAGCUAUAUUUAUAUACAUAGUUAUCGGAGCAGUAGUUCUAUUCAAAAUAGAUAAUCUGGGUAUUAUAGAUGGUUUUUAUUUCUGUUUUAUGGCGUUAAGCACCAUUGGUUUCGGUAAUAUUGUUCCUGGUAUGACGUAUACUACAAUAAACGGUGUUAGGUACUACACCAUCAAAUCUACCACUCUGUGGUUCUGUUCUGCUUAUACGCUAACGGGAUUGGCGUUAACAGCAAUGUGUUUCGGCGUGAUCCACGACGAAAUUAUCUAUAGGAUAAAGCAUCAGCAGAAGCAAUGGUCACAGAAGGGAAACACAGUCAAUGAUGGAGUUAAUAUAAACGAUCCAUUUUACAUGAACUCCUGA